AUGUGGUCUUCGACGCCCCGUUUGAUUCUCGGCCUCUAUGGGUUAUUAUGUGCUGUUGGAUCGGCAAGCGCCGAUGUCGAUUUCAUGAGUGUGCGACCUGAUAUGGUCAAGGAUUACUCCGGAAAAGGGGGAGAACCGGGAGAGAAAUACUUCAGUAACUUCGCAGAUAAACCUCUCUCCGAGGCGGAGACUGUUCCGCAUCUGUCGGAACUCAUCCGGACCUAUCUCUCGACAAUGGCAGACCUUGGGGCUGAAACCUGGAUAAUGCAUGGAACUCUGCUGGCUUGGUGGUGGAACCAGAAGAUCUUUCCGUGGGACAACGAUCUCGACGUUCAAAUUUCCGAGCCGACCAUCCAUUUCCUUGCGGAUUACUACAACAUGACCGAGCACCACUUCGAGAUUUCAGGCGUUGACGGCGGCCGAACCUAUUUGCUGGAGAUCAACCCGAACUAUGUCGUCCGAUCGACCGAUGACAAGCUUAACGUAAUCGAUGCGCGGUGGAUAGACACAUCGUCUGGGCUGUUUAUCGAUAUUACGGCGGUACGCAAGGACGACGAGCGGAGGAAGAAUGAUCGCGAGCCUGGGGCGUUGAUGUGCAAGGACGGCCAUCGGUUUGAUGAAACUGAGAUCUUCCCACUGCGGAACAGUUACUUCGAAGAUGUUCCGGUCAAGAUCCCGUUCGAAUACGUUCGUCUACUAAAGAAAGAAUAUGGGUCGAAGUCGAUGACUGCUUCCGUGUUCCAAGGAUACCAUUUCAACCAACAGACUCAAGUAUGGGAUAAAAUGAGAAUUUACUCUUGUGACAUCCUUGCUGUUUUCUUCCACGCCAUGUCCACUUCGUCUAUGAUCUCACUCUCAGCCCCAUCGUCCCUCUCGCCCAGGAACGGGUCUGACGUUGUGCCUGGCCCGCAUAGCAGCCACGACACCCACGGCAUCCCUUCCCAUUCCACACAGGACCACAGCUUGCGCAGCUGCAUCACUUGCCGUCGGAGAAAAGUUCGCUGCAACAAGAAAACCCCUUGCUCCAACUGCGCCAAGGCCGGCAUCCAGUGUAUCUUUCCCCCACCAGGAAGGGCACCGCGCAAAGUUAAACGACCACAAGAUGCGGAGCUCCUGUCUCGCUUAAGGCGCCUCGAGGGCGUCAUUGAGCAUCUCAGCGAAAAGAAAGCGACCGGUGCUGCGGUGUCAUCUCCUGAUACGCCUUCCCCGCAGGUACAACAGCAUCCUCAAAAUCCACCCGCACCCCCGGCCAAUGCGCAGGCCUCGGUGCCUGAGGGUGAUGGUGAUGGCUGCCCGCUUCUUAUGGAUGCAGCCAAGCUGGAUCCUACUAGGCCGGUAGCGCCGCGGAAUAUUGAGCAUGAGUUUGGUCGAUUGGUUAUCGACGAGGGUCGAAGCCGUUAUAUCGAGGAGCUGCAAGAUAUUCUAGAUCCGUCGUCUUCGGACGAGGAAGACUAUCCGUCUCCUGAGACAUCGUCAAGCCAUUCGGACAACCAUGAUGGGUUUUUAUUCGGGUUCUACUCCGUUUCACACUCACUACACGAUUUCCUACCGCCGAGAUCCCAGAUUCCCUUCUUAUGGAAUACCUGGUUGGAAAAUGUGGCGCCCUUGAUACCAAUCGUUCAUAAAGCAAGCGCCAGGCAGCUAUUCACUACAGCUUCCCAAGAUCCAAACAGCUUGGAUAAGAAUUUUGAGGCGCUAUUCCUUGCAAUGUGCAUGGUCGCGGUUAUCAGCAUGUCGCCCAGCCAGUGUUCAGUUCACCUGGGAGAAGAGAGGGAUGUGCUUGUCAAGCGAUACCGGUUCGCAGUCGAGCAGGCGCUUUCCAAAGCGGAUCUCUUGAAUACUCAAAAUAUCACUCUCUUACAGGCUGUGGUCAUAUUCUUGAUAGGCAUUCGUCGAGAAGAUGACACCAAAUUUGUCUGGUCAAUGACAGCGCUUGUUCUUCGCCUUGCGCAAGGGCUGGGUCUCCAUCGUGACGGCACCAACUUCGGCCUGAAGCCUUAUGAAACGGAGAUGCGCCGACGACUGUGGUGGCACAUCUGUUUGUUAGACAUCCGGGCAGCAGAGGAUCACGGAUCUGAUGCGCAGAUUCAUGAGCGAUUGUACGAUACUCGACUGCCACUGAAUAUCAAUGACGAGGACAUCACGCCGGACAUGAAGGAGCCUCCUAAAGAGAGAGUAGGCUGGACUGAAAUGACAUUUUGCCUGAUUCGCUGCGACAUUACGGUUGCUGUGCGUCGAGUCAGCUACACUUGUCCUAACGCCCCUUUCAUUUCAGCAACCCGACAGCUCAACCCUGAUAACUGCUCCAAGGUGAUUCGGGCGAUCAACGACCGCAUUGAGGACCGAUAUAUAAAACACUGUGACAUGAAUAUUCCGAUUCAGUGGGUCUGCGCGACGAUUGGUCGCCUCAUCCUGACCAAACUCUGGCUUGUCAUUCAUCAUCCGAUGACCCGACCUGAACGGGGCUUAACGUUGAGCCACGCAAAUCGCGAGAGCUUGUUUGCUACUUCAGUGGAGGUGGCUGAGUUCCAGCGACUGCUGGAUGGCGACGUCAAGACGUACAAAUGGAGCUGGCUCUUUGCCACAAACAUGCAAUGGCAUGCCAUUGCCUUUGUGCUGUCAGAGCUUUGUGUCCGCCCGCUCAGUCCUCUUACCGACCGGGCAUGGAAAUGCGUGAGCACCCUAUAUACCGAGUGGAUCAAGAACAGCAAGCAGCGGAAAGGCAUGCUCUGGCGUCCGCUUUCCCGCUUGAUGAAGCGAGCAACCGCGUUCCGAGCCAAGCAAGAGGAGAUGCGCGCGCAGAUGAGUUCCGGCAUGAUUGCAGCUCACGAUGUCACUGCCCCGAAUUGCCCUGGAAUUUCUAUUAUACAGCCCCCAGUCCUGCCCCGAGCACUCGACUUCCAGGCUUCACCAACAAACCAAGAGAAUGAGCCCUUACAUGGUGUGCCCGAGAACGGCGGACUCGAUUUCGAUCUGCGCGACGGACCGGUUAGCGUGAUCAAGGAUCUAUUCCCCGACACGGAUUGGCUGAACCCUGCCACAGCUGCCAACAUACAGCAGGAGUGCUCGGGCGCGUCGAUAGACACGCUAGUGAGGCCGGCGGAGCCGAGCGAGACCCAGCAGGAGAUGCCUAAUGCGAAUCUAAACUGGGAAGAAUGGGAUCAGGUGAUGACUGAUUUCCAGAUGGACCUGCAAGCGUCCAAUACGCAAAAUCCUUUUGGCAAUGCCCUGGACUGGCUUGCUUGA